CUUGCCUAUCGAAGUGCAACCACAAUAACAUUACACUUGUUUAUUUUUGAUUUAAUGCGGUGAUUUAAGUUAAUAAUGGACCAGGAUCGGGCACCUGCGAGUCCUGCGACGGAGAAAGACAAAGCCUAUGCAAUAAAAAACAUUUCCCGCGAGAAAGAAUCCCAUACAGGGGAAAAACCAACAGUGGAAGAAACAGGUAGUCGUAGAUUACCUGGUAAUAUAAUGGCUGAAAUGGCCAAAAUAUACCAGGCAGAUCGACAGAACAGCUUGAGAAUAGGACGAGAUCAGGGUCACAACCGGAGAAUGGCUCACAGCACUGACUUCGUCGCCUUGGAGGAUCUACUCCUGGCCCAUUGCGAUCCCACGCCCGAAGAGGUGGUCGAGAACAUCCGGCGGGACUUCUGUUCAUCUCCCACAUACGUGGAGGACGAGGAUGAGCCACCCUGUGAAUCAGAGCCAUGGUUUCGCUUUCGCCGAAAAAGGAUCAAAACCUACAUCGGAAGGAGGAUCCCCAAAAAGGAGGACUUGCCUGAGGUAGUGGAAAACGAAGAACAGGAUCGGCUAAGCUGCUCCUCGGGCCUGUCCGUGCAGGAGGAUCUUAAUGAUACUUCCUUAUCUGUUGUUUGCGACAUGGAUGUCAAUACAUCGCAGAAGAUCCGCGAAAACCUGCUGAACCUAAGUCAAUACUUUUCCCUGAAAAGCACAGGCCCAAAUCCCAAAAUAGAUCUUCCAUCUAAGGCAAGAAGGGAUUCCGAGAAACCCUCGUGUUCCCGGAAACUUCGCAAUGGUCUUUCAGACUCUGAUUCAUCUGCGGAAUGUACCAAUACUGAAAUGCAGAGCCUGAGAGAUGACCUGCUGGAGAACGGCUUCACUUUCGAGGCCUCCCAAAUCUGUGAUAUCAAGCCUCAAGUUCCAGGACUCUUGGGUGACACUCUAUUCGGAGAUAGUAGGCAACCUACGACCAUUUCGCAUUCCCAAUUGGAAGUCAAGUGCGAUGAAUGGUCUGAAGCAGACUCGUUCUUGGACGACUACAACACUGAAAAGAUGACAUUAGAUGAUGAGGAUUCUAAACCAAAUGUGAAUCAAUUAAAAACGGAACCUGCGCCCGUGAAGGUAGAGAUCCCGGACGUCUCAGUAUUAGAUGACAUCCCAAUCAGCGAGUGGUUAGUUGAAAUGGAUGUCCCCGACAAAUCGCUAGAGGAAAUCAAAGACUCAUCCGAAGAUAUCGUUAAACUGGAGCCCAGUUCUCAGAAAACACCUGAGAAGGGAGAAGAUUUCGUUGGAUUUUGUACAGCAUCCGACAAACCAAUUGAAGUUUCAGAAGAAAUGCAGAGGACAGCUGCAAAACUAUUGGCUGAUUUUGAAGCAGAGGAAACGCAUCAACCUAAAUUGGAGCAAGAUCACAAAGACCCGUUUCCGUCCGAAUUCGUGGGCUUUCGAACAGCCUCAAACAAAGCUAUUCAGAUAACCGAAGAGAUGGAAAGAAAAGGAGCCAUGUUCAUAGCCCAGUUCAAAACUACAGACCAAACAAACCAAGAUCAUGAAGACACGAAUUCAUCAGAUUUUGUGGGCUUUCGAACGGCCUCAAACAAAGCAAUUGAGAUGACCGAAGAAAUGGAAAGAAAAGGAGCCAUGUUUAUAGCCCAGUUCAAAACUACAGACCAAACAAACCAAGAUCACGAAGACACGAAUUCAUCAGAUUUUGUGGGCUUUCGAACAGCCUCAAACAAAGCAAUGGAGAUGACCGAAGAAAUGGAAAGGAAAGGAGCCAUGUUUAUAGCCCAGUUUAAAACUACAGACCAAACAAACCAGAAUCAAAAAGACACGAAUUCGUCAGAUUUCGUGGGCUUUCGAACGGCCUCAAACAAAGCAAUUGAGAUGACUGCAGAAAUGGAAAGAAAAGGAGCCAUGUUUAUAGCCCAGUUCAAAACUACCGACCACUUAAGUCAGUCAAAGGAAGAUACAUUUUUGCAGGACAUUGCUUUUAGUGAAUGGCAACCCCUUGAUUUUCCAGAAUUUCCAUCAACCUCAAAAAAGCUUACUGUCGACGAGAAGGCCAAUGAGAUUGAGCUUCCACAAAAGAAGACCCCUAGUAAAAAUCAGUCCAUGAAUAUUCCACAGCUUGUUGGCUUUCGAAAGACCCCGUACAAAUUUAUAGAAGUUCCGAAAGAAAUGAGAAUUAAAGGAGAUAAGUUAAUCGCUGAAGUUGAAUCCGGAUUAUAUCAGCCUAGUCAAAAGCGUAACUCACAUACUCAAGAAUAUAGGGGUAACAAUAGCCAAGCCUUGGGUUCAACAGAGUUUGUGGGAUUCAAAACAGCCUCAAAUAAGCCCAUCAAAAUAUCGGAGGAAAUGAAAGCAAAAGCCGCCAAGUUAAUAGCCGAGGUUGAGUCUGGCGAAAUAAUUCAACCAAGCAGAGCUGUGCAACAGGAAGUUGAGAAUGAGUCCGAUUUUGUCGGCUUUCGGACAGCCUCGAACAAACCAAUUGUGAUUUCUGACGAGAUGAAAAAUAAAGCUGCAAAGUUAAUGGCUGACGUGGCAGCAGGAGAAACGUCUAAGAAAAUACCUGCCUGUGAUAAUCAUCAGAGUCAUCGAAGUGUGCUAAAUGAAAGGCGUACUGAAGAUACUCCAAAAUUCAUUGGGUUCCGCACAGCAUCAAGCAAACGCAGAGGAAUAUCUGAGGAGAUGAAAAAUACAGCUGUCAAAGUAAUGGAAGAUGUGCAAAUAGUGAAGCCAACAGAAACUUUUGAGAAUCAAGAUAAAUCCUCCAAUAGUUCUGAUCAAAUAUCUGUGGAGGAACUUCUUGGCUUCGAAAUAAACGAUGAUCUUUAUUUUUCAAUGGAAGAAAACUCCAACGACUCUAUAUUUCCCAGGCUAUCGCAGAGAAAGCAAAAUCAUUUAGAUAUUAAGGAUGACUCAAGUGUAAUGACACCCAAGCGUAGAAGAGACACCUCCGACGGCAUUCCAUCGAGUAAAAGGCGUGCAAGAGAAAGAAACUCACCAGAGAAAAAUCCUUCGCAGGGUAGCAGGCAGUUAGUUAAGACAAAGUCCUGCCAAAGUGAACUUGCAACGCCUCCCCAAUCGCAGGAGAUUCAUGCCUCAUUAUCCCAACUGGCAGGCUUAUCGCCGCUGGACAAGAGCACCAAAACCUCCGUGAUAGCUCGCCGGAAUCUCCUGUCACUAAGCAAACUGCGAAAGAAAAGCAGCACGCCGGCUGAAACUUCCGCGGGGAAAACAAUCACUCCGGCUAAACCCCGAUUCGCUCCCAUGGCGGCUUCGACAAGUACUCCGCUUGCUGACAGAAAUUCGAGUCAAGCCAAGGACUCCAAAAACCUUCGACAGAAUGCAGAGGACAUGUCCCCAAUUUGCAUGCCACCCAAUAAAAGUAGGAAACUUGGUUUGAGUCGGAGUCGCUAUUAAGUAAGCCUGCUUUCCUACAGACGAAGUAUAAAUCGCAGGUCGUUUUAUAGUGGGUAGGAAAGCAUUUAAGGUAUAAGAUUAAAAAUGGUUAAGAUUUGUUUUUUUUUUCGAAGAGAA